AUGAACGCUAGGUUGUAUCUACAGUCACAUGGAUGGAAAGAUGGUGAAGCUUUACAAAAAGGUGGUUUAAAGAAACCAAUAUUAGUUAAACAUAAAAAAGAUACAAAGGGACUAGGAUCUGAUUCAAAUGAUUCAGAUAUGUGGUGGGAAAAAUUAUUUGAUGGUCAGUUACAGAAUUUAGAUGUUAAUAAAACUAGUACGGAGGUGUCAUUUAAAACCAAUGAUGAAGCUGUGCUACAUUCAUUUAAUAGGGCAUUAUCUCCAUUAUAUGAAAUGUUUGUUAAAGGUGAAGGGUUGAAAGGUACUGUUGGUGAGCUAAAAUCUAAACUAGAAAAUAACGAGAAACCAAUACCGAGCAAUAACGAACGGAAGAAAAAGAAGAAGAGUUCAAGUAAAAUAGAAAAGAAAGAAUCAAAAAAAGUGAAAAAGAAGAUAAAGAAAGAAAAGAAAGAUAAAAAGGAAAAGAAGAAGUCUAAAAAGAAUAAGAUAUGA